GUUGACAGGCACAAAUGUGAUCACACAUGAAAGUCACCGGUAUACGAUAACAGAGGGCGCAUUUUUUUCCAUUCUUCCAAGGCGCUAUACAACACAAACAUGUGUUACACUUAAACAUGCUUACGGUAUGUUAUAUAUAUAUACGGGUUAGCAGUGUUUAGUAAAACGAUCAUCCUUAGAUUCGUUGCUUGCUAACGUUAACAACUGCCUAUCGUUACUGCGUCUAUUAUCUAACGUUGCCUCAAAACACAGGCACCUGUUUUAUCAUUUGCUGUGAAACCUUUUCAACAUCCACGUCUUUUAAAACAGUCUAUAAAUGGCAUGGAGCGUUGGUCGAAUAUGUAAGGGCUUUCUACGACUAGGCUUACUCUCUAAACAGACUCAACUCAUCCCAGUUACCAGCGUUUCAGUCGGGACUGUAAGGACCGCAGUGGACUGCUCCAACUGAACACACUCACCCUGACCCUGAAGAUGCUUGUAGGCUUGUCUGAUCUGCAAAGGCACACACAUUACGCUGGAUAUAACCAGGACAACAUGGUCCCAAAGAGGAAUGUGACACUGCCAUCGUUCCUUUUCCCCAAACCCCGGGACUUCAGCCUGCCUAACUCCUCAUGGGGCUUAGAAAUGAUGCGCAUGUAUGAGCAUUAUAACCGCCAGUGUGAGGUGGAGACGGAGGGAGGACAGAAACAGGAAGGACCGUGGCAGAAACUUCCAAGCUAUAAUCGCCUCCUCAAGUAUGCUACAGGUGGAGUAUAUCUUAGUGAGAUGAUCCAGUCAAAGGCUCGUCUUUUUACACGGAACAUCAGGAACCCAGGUGCAGCAUUUGAGUAUGUUUUGUUUGUCAACAGUGAAGAGCAGAAGUGUGUGUGCGUACUCCAAGCUGGACACCUACUGGAGGGGCCGCCAGGACAUGUCCAUGGGGGGGCAAUAGCCACUAUGAUUGAUACUGUGACGGGGACUCAUGCUACAAUCCUCUCUGGACCUGUUAUGACUGCCAACCUUAACAUCAACUACCGCAGGCCCAUCCCACUGGGAAGCACGGUGUUGCUUGAAUCCUCUCUGGAAAAGAAGGAAGGCCGAAAAACAUUUAUUACAUGUAGAGUGACCAGCACCGACGGCUCCAAACUGCACACAGAAACAUCAGCACUGUUCCUGUCAAUCAGUGCCAGCCACCUACUAUCGGGACUGUGACCCAAACACACCGACCAACCACAGACCCUAACACUGAGGCCUCAACGAGCGUGUUUGUGCGUUUGUGUGUUUGGAAUGUGUACUUCUUUGCCAUAUUAUUUAACAGAUAGCUUCUCUACAUAUGACGUUGUUGAACUAUUAUAAUAUAUUUUAUAUUCAUACAUCUCCACUGUUCAGUAUUAAUGAAAAACUGUGCAGCUUCAUGAAAUACCUUUACUUGACUAACUUUGCUUCUUGUGACUUAAACCUCUAGAGUACAUAUCUAAACAUGUGUUAGAGGCUAUUUAUUGUAACUUUUACAGUAUUGAUUAUGAUUGUAUCUAACACUGAAGCCUUUGAAGUUAUAUUAUUGCUGAAAACGGUGAUAUGAAUAUUUUGUUUCCUCCAAUAAAGCUUUACCUAUUGGU